AUGAACAAGAUUCCUUCAUUCAUGAGGAGCACUCUUGUUGCUCUUGUGCUUGUCCUUUCCCUCACCCUGUGGUCAUCAUCGACCUCUCUGGCACAAGAUAUUGUCUAUGAAACCCAUCCAGUUCCAGUCUCACAAGAUUAUACCAAUGCUUUCGAUGCUGCCGUCCAAGAGAUGAUUAUUGACCAAUCUUUCAUUGAUGCCUUCCGUAAUUACAUGUAUUUCCCUGUUCCUGCCUGUGUGAAAGAUUUGGUCCAAUAUCCACAGAUCAAUCCAUUUGCAAAUCGUAAAGCUCUUGUCAUGUGCAUGGAAACUGGAGUCAUCUCUCCCUAUUUGGAAGUCAAGCGAAUGGUUGGAAACACCAUUGUCAAGAAGAUUAAUGCUCACUAUGGAGUGAACUUACAAGCUCAAUUCAAAUAUCUAAACACCUCUGGAAAGGGUUUUUUCAACACAAUGAAAGACGGUGUCGAUUCAGGUGAAUGUGAUUUAAUUUCCUCCAAUGUGACUCCAACGAAUGAGAGAGUCUCAGUGGCUCAUUUCCAAUGCAAUUAUGGAAUGACUUCACAGGCUUUCCUUCGAACCAAUAGGGAUCCUCAUCUUUCUCUUAAAACAUUGCAAGAUCUCAAUCAGACCAACAUUGUGGUGGGUGCUUCGAGAGGGACUACUUAUGAGAAUGUCAUAAAAACUCAACUCUCUGCUGCUCAAUAUGUCCCACUCGAUGAUGGUGAUGUUCCCUAUGAUGCUAUUAAGAAUAACCAAGUGCAUGCAGUCAUUGGAGAUGGAGUGACGUAUUUAAUUUGGGUGAAACAGAAUCCAUCGAUUUGUCAGAACUGUACUGUGAAUUUUUAUAACUCACCCUAUGGAUAUGGAACGUUUACGACGAAUAGAAUUAUUGCUUCAUCCUCAGCUACAAGGAGUUAUUGUGGUUCUUGUUUCAUGAACACUUGGAGUGGUUAUUUGUUGUUCUUGGGAAUGGUCAUGUGGAUGAUGUACAUCCUAUAA